UCUCGGCCAUCACCGUCAUCAGUGGGGCGAUCGCGUGCGCAGCCGCAGAGCAUCGGCAGGCGCCCGGAAGAGGCGGCUCCGAAGCUGGUCCUCAAAGCCGCCGGCGCCGUAGGCAGGGUGCUCGGAGGCGCAGCCCAAGAUGCGCACCGACGAGUACAUGAGUCCCUGCUGGGAGGACUCGUACAACCCGUCCAGCGCUUGGUCCAGCCCCGAGCUGAACGCGCCACCUCGGGGCCCCCACCAGAACCUCAUGCGCUGGAUGUUCCUGGUGCUCAGCGCUCUUCUCACCACGGCGAGCGUCGCCCUUCUGGCCAUGGCCCUGAUCCAGCCGAGUGGCUCGGGUCACCAUCACAGGGCCCAUUCUUCGCACCACACCGCCCCGCCGGGACAUGGUGCCAAGAACCACAAAGAGAGCGCUGGCACGUUGGUGGCAAAAAACGCAGCCUUGUCCAACCAAGGAAUCGUGGUCAAUGCACCCAGCACCCACCUCGUGGCGGGCCCAGGCGAAAGCAAGACGCAUGGAAAUGCCGGAGCCCGCAUGGCUUCCCCUUUCCACCGGAUAUAUGACGCGAAAAAUACCCAGACGGAAAUACACUGCUUCUACAACAACAAGGCACCAGAGCACCCGCUGUCGUUCACACCCAGCGACAUACCUGUGGGACUGUGUUCUUCGGCGAUUUACUGCUGCCUCGGUCCAACAAGCGAUGGCGCCAACCUCACUUUUCUCAACAUUGAUCCCAGGAAGGGGCCGCAUGAUCUUGAAACAUUCAGCUCAGUUGUGCAUGGCCUGGACCCUUCCAUGCAACGUUUCAUCGCCAUCGGUGGGCCCCGCUUGAACUACGCGCACCUUACGCGGGCGCUACGUGAUUCCACCUCGAGGGCCGAAUUCGAAAGAAGUAUCAUGGGAUGGCUGCAGCGUUCGUACCUUCAAAAGUUCGGGUUCGUGCUGCAUGUGCUUCAGCCUGAAAAAAUCACCCGGCACCAUCUGCUUGACACUUUCGUUCUAGAGCUUUCCGCCAUGCUCAAGCCCAGGACAUUUAUGCUCACCCUGCCACUCAGCGGUGACGUGGCGAGCACUUACUUUCAUCCGCUGGCGUAUAAGAACGUAAAGUCUUUCAUCAAGAUGUCUCAUCGUUUCGGCACACCCUCUAUCGGCAGCUGUCCCAACCCAGUUCGUGGUCUGCGGGUGCACUCACUGCAGAAGGUGAUGAAGGAUAUGAAGGCAAUGUACCACAACCAGUGGAAUGGAGGCAUCAAAGAAAAGACUCUUUUUACGGUUUCCCUCGCCGGAUACAUCUACUGGGUGAGGAAUGGCUCCCUCACCGGCCUGACCAAAGGCCGUGUCGAGAAACACGCACUUUCUGGUUAUUGGGACAUCUGCCGCAAGGUGGACGACGCCAGCUGGAACCACAAAUACAUCAGGGAGACCGGCUGCCUCACAGCUUGGUCUGGUCGCAACUACGUCUCGUCUCUUUCGCCAAAGUCGUUCAAGUUCCUUGACGGCAAGCGAGAGAUAAAGGGCGUCGUCGUGUUUGACAUCGAGAAAGACGACUUCAAGGGCAUAUGCGGCGACCCCUACCCUAUGCUGAGAGCACUGAAGGAAAGUCUUGCGAAAUAUAAGGGAGCUAAAUGACACUAAAAGCCAUAUGGAAUGGAAAAGAAUGGGUCAGGGUCCUUCUUUCGCUUUACUUUUCGCUUUCUGGUGAGCAUUGCUGAAAAGAAAAGACACGCAUAGGCAGAGCUUUGUGUUAAUCAUAAACAGAGUGUAUAACUAUC